AUCCCAUAUGCAUUCUCAUACCACAAAAAACAUAGUAUCCUUAGCUAACCUUCAAGUUAACGACAAUAGCAAUGGCAACUAAUUCCGUCAAGUCUGUUUUGCUGACUCUCUUCAUCUUUGCAAUGGUGUUGUCUCCGAUGAUGCCAUGCGAAGCAGCUCGGGCACCCAACCAUAACCGAGGUCUUCUUCAAACAGAUGAACCCUUUUGUCCAGCUUGUGUGUGUUGCUCGCCUCCACCGCCAGGCUCCUGCUGCGAUUGUUGUGCUACUCCUGUUGAUCCUUGAAACUCUUUCAAAUGUUCAGGCGCUUGACGCAAUAUGGAAAAUUAAUAUGUAUGAAUAAUGAACAUUAAUAAAGAAAUUAAAGGAAAUGUCCAAUCAAUAAAACUAUACAUGUAUAAAUUAAAGGAGUGCUUCUCCUUUUAGUACUUUGUAAUUGAUACGUUUGGAAUAUAAUAAAGAUUUUUGUUACUAAUU